CACCACCACCACCAUCACCAUCACCAUGGCCUCCUCCUCGCAGGACGCGACGGUAAAGGACAUCACCAUCAUCGGCGGCGGCAUCAUCGGCUGCACGACCGCGUACUACCUGACGCGGCACCCGGCGUACAACCCGGCCACGCACAAGAUCACGCUCCUCGAGGCGUCCGCCUCGAGCUCCGCGGGGGGCAGGACCAAAGACAGCAUCUCGGACCCGGCGACGCUGGCGUACCCGGAUGAUCACGAUCAGGUUGGAGCCGACACGGGUGAUGGAAGCAGCAGCAGCAGCGGCCAGCGGAAACAGCAGCAGUUGCAGCAGGCAUUCAACCCGGCCCACGACGGCAUCGCGUCCGGAGCGUCGGGCAAGGCGGGCGGGCUCCUCGCGCUGUGGGCGUUCCCGGCCAACAUUGUCCCGCUGAGCUUCGGGCUGCACGAGGAUCUGGCCCGGGAGCACGGCGGGGAGCGCCGGUGGGGGUACAGGAGGUGCUGGGCCAGCCAGGUCGAGUGCCGGGCGAGGAUUCCCGCCUCUCUCGCCGCCGCUGCUGCUGCUGCUGCUGGCGGUGGUAGUGGUAGUGGCAGCGGUAGCGGGCAACCGGAAGAAAAACCGGACAACGCGGCGGGCAACACAAAGGGCCUGCACAAGGACCACAAGAAGACGGCCGCGGCGCUCAAUCGCCUCGGCGUGCCGGACGACCUGGACUGGCUCGUUGCUUCUGGUGCUGGUGCUGCUGGUGGCGGCGGCCUAGAGGCGUACGAGAACAUGGGCACGCCGGAAAACACGGCGCAGGUGCACCCGGAGCUCUUCACGCGCAGCAUGGCGGCCUUAGCCGAGGAGGCGGGCGUCAAGAUCAUCACGGGCGCGAGGGUGACGAGGAUCAAUACCACCAGCACCACUGGCAGCGGUAGUGCUACCACAAAUGAUGAUGCCCUUGGAAACUCGGCAGCCGCCUCGGUCCAGAACGUGACUUAUGUCCAGAGCAAAGACGCCACCACCACCACCACAACACAGGGACAAGGUCAAAGUCAAGAAGAAGAAGAGGAAAAAGAGAUAACCCUCCCGACAACGCACUGCAUCGUCACCGCCGGGCCCUGGACCCCGACCCUCCUGCCCCGGGGACCGCCCGUCAGCGCCUCCCGCGCCCACAGCGUCGUCAUCAAGCCCGCGCGCCCGGUCUCGGCGUACGCCCUGUUCACGGCGAUCACCCUGCCCGCGGGGUUUCCCGCGCCCACGACAACGACUGGGCGAAACGCUACAACCAAAAAGGGGGAAGCCGGGCGGCCGGCCGACGAGGAGGAGCAAGAGCCCUCGAGGCUGAAGCGCCCGGCCAUGGUCGAGCCCGAGAUCUACGCCCGCCCGGACGGCACCGCGUACGCGUGCGGGCCGACCGACACCGACGUGCCUCUUCCCGCGGUCGCGUCCGACGUGCAGGUCGACGAGCGCCGGUGCAUGGACAUUGUGCGGCAAGUUGGCGGCAUCAGCGACGAGCUGAGCCCGAGCACCAACACGAGCACCACCACCACCGCAGCACCAGCAGAAGCAAAAGUCCUGGCCAAGCAGGCGUGCUACCUGCCCCAGGGCGGGCCGUGGAUCGGUCCCGUCCCCGGGCUUCAGGGUGUCGUCGUGGCCGCGGGGCACACCUGCUGGGGGAUACAGAAUGCCCCGGCCACGGGGAAGCUGGUCAGCGAGAUUGUCCUGGAGGGCAGGGCGAAGAGUGCCAAGCUGGGGGGUUGUGACCCGGCUAGGGUAAUGUAAAAGAACAAGAAAAAAAACCAAGCCUAAUAUUACGCCUGCUUAUUUCUUCGAGUGAACAACACCAUGCGGCAAUGG